GGCGCUCGCGGGCUGGAACUUGCUGCUGGCGACCUUUAGCUUCUGCGGUGCUGUUCGCACGGUGCCCUUCUUGCUCGACUCGAUCUAUCAGCGCGGCGCGUAUGCGUCCAUUUGCUCGGAGGCCACGGACCACUACGGCAACGGCCCCACGGGUCUCUGGGUCGCCCUCUUCAUCUUCUCCAAGGUGCCGGAACUCAUCGACACGUUCUUUAUUGUCGUGCGCAAGAAGCCGCUCAUCUUUCUGCACUGGUACCACCACAUUACCGUCUUGAUGUUCUGCUGGCACGCGUUCGCUGUCCGCUCGGCGAGCGGCCUCUACUUUGUGGCGAUGAACUACUCGGUGCAUGCGAUCAUGUACUUUUACUACUUUCUCACGGCCCGGGGGUACCGACCCAAGUGGGCGCUGCUCGUGACCGUCGCCCAGCUCAGCCAGAUGGUUGUCGGUGUUGCGGUGUGCACGAUGAGCGUCCUGUACAUUCGCCAAGGCGCCGUGUGCCAUGUCGACGAGAGCAACCUGAGCUGGGGCAUCCUCAUGUACUCAAGCUACUUUGCGCUCUUCCUCAAGUUCUUCAUUGAGCGCUACUGCUUCCCGGCUAAGCGCUCGGUGAAGAAGGUCCAAUAG